UUUGGAAAAUUAAUAUAUUAACUGAUAUUGUAGAAAUAAUAUGUUAAAAUACAAAAAUAAACAAUAGCAAAAGUUAUAAGCUAAGUGAUUUCACAAAGCAAAGUAGAAAAAAGCUUGUAAUAGACAUAGAACAAAAAGAAUCUUAAUCAUUAAUAUCAUCACGAUAUUCAUAUUUACUAUUAUUUUCUUAAAAAUAAAAAUAAUUUUUAAUUAAUUUAUAUUUCAGUACCAAAAACCUUUUCUUUAAAUACUUAUAAUAUAUGAAUUAGUACAAAAUUAGUCAAAAGAUAUAUAGCUAACUAUAUAGAAUAGCUACAAAAAAUAUUCUUGCUUUUUCCAAUGAAGCAUCUUUUUAUCAAUUCUACAAUUUAUUUUCAUUGUAUCAAAUUUUUGCAGUCCUAUGGAAAAAUUAUUGAAUGAUACAAAAUCUAACAUACUUGGUUCCAAUUAAUAAGUGUGUAAAUACUAUAAUGAAUAAAAUGAUGUGUAAAUAUUCUUUAUAGCCGCUUGUAUCUCAUAAAAAUAAUUCUGUUCUGAACUUUAUAGUUCAGUUUAUGUGUUGUGAUUAUAGAUUAUAUUAUCUUAUAAAUACUAUUAAUAACGAUCUUAUUAGAAGUUGAAAUAAUGUUUUCGGUAAACAAGUAACUGUACUAUUAUGACUUUAUGAUUUUAAAGGUCAGUAUAAUUACAUAACUUUAACAUCGAUUAUCAUGUUGUUAGUCAAUAAAUUAAAGAAUCCUAAUUACAAUUCUGUUUAAAAAGAUAAUAUAGCAAAGAGGAAAUUUCCUGCCUGAAUUAAUGCAUUAAAUUCGACCUUGUUCAUGAGAUAGUUUUAUUAGUAACAAUUAAAAAUUUAGUUAAGUCAAAAAACAAUACGGAGCUUUCCUACGUACUAAUGAUAUCUUUAUCAUCUUUAAAAAAAAACAUUAACUCUAAUUUUUCUUAAGAUUUGACAAUAUGAUAAAAUUUUAUUAAAUUGGUACGCAUGCGUAUAAAUCGUUCCUGCUGUUAGUUCAAUGUAUGUAAUGGAUAAUGAAACACAUGCAUCUGUAAACUAUGGCAUAGAACGACAGUAUAACACGGUGUGUCAUGGUGAACGUGUUAUUGUUGGUGCAAGUUUGUUAUAGCUUUAUCUGGAAAACUUAAACCGCGCAAAUCAUUUCGAUAUUUCUCGAUCUUUCGACGUUUAUACAAGACCGUGUUCAAAAUCUUACAAAACUUGAAUUUCUCGUUUAAUCAGUGCUUGGGAAAAAUAAAGUCGUAAAUAGAGAAAAAUAAUAAGGAGAAAAAGGAGUAAUUCUUGGUGAAAGUUAGGUACGUAAUUUCUCUGUUAAAAAAUCCAGUCUCUUUUAUCAGCUGUUCAUAUAAUGGGCGCAGCAGCCAAUCAGGAUGAGGUUCAUAUGACAACACCAGAACUAAUUACUGUCCAUGGUUAUAAAUCAGAAACACAUCAUAUUUGGACAGAAGAUGGAUAUUGUCUAGAAGUGCAUAGAGUUUUACCAAAAUCUCAUCAAAAUUCUGAUUGCAAUGUAAGUGGGAGUAAUGAGCAAAAUUUAAGUAAUAAAAAUACAAUAGAGUACGGAAGCCAUGGAGUCAAGGCAAAAGAACCAAUACCAGUUCUCAUUCAUCAUGGACUUCUGUCAAGUUCAGCUGAUUGGGUAUUAUUGGGCCCACAAAAGGCUUUAGCGUACCUUUUAUGUGACAAUAAUUAUGAUGUCUGGUUAAUAAAUGCAAGAGGCAAUGCAUAUUCUAGAAAACAUAAAAAAUAUACAACUAAAGAUAAAGAAUUUUGGGAUUUUAGCUGGCAUGAAAUUGGGUAUUAUGAUUUGCCAGCAACAAUAGACUACAUUUUGGAGCAUACUGGAUAUGCAGAACUUUAUUACGUGGGUUAUAGUCAAGGCACAACUGCAUUUUAUGUAAUGGCCAGUGAAAAAUCUGAAUACAAUCGAAAAAUUAAAGGAAUGAUCAGUUUAGCACCAAUAGCAUUUCUCGCAAAUCAUAGAAGUCCUUUACUUAAGUGUGUUGUCCAUUUUUAUGGAUUAAUGGAGUGGGGAUCCUCAUAUUGCAAUCUACAUCAGUGGUUCCCCCGCAAUAGGUUACAAGCUCAAGCCUUGGGUACAAUAAUUCGAAAUGCUCCAGUUGGUCUCACUAAUGGUUUCUGUGUAUGCUGGUUUUCACUAAUUGCUGGAUUCGGUAGUGAUCAAUUAGACAAGUCUAUGCUACCAUUAAUCCUCGGACAUUUUCCAGCUGGUGCUUCUGCGAAACAAAUUAUUCAUUAUAGUCAAAAUAUACUAUCAGGAUCAUUUCGCAAGUUUGAUUAUGGAGCAACAGAAAAUCUGAAAACUUAUGGGUCAACACAACCACCAAUAUAUGAUCUUGAAAAAGUAAAAACGCCAAUUGUAAUAUUUUAUAGUAAAAAUGAUUUUCUCAAUGAUCCUGCAGAUGUAAAGAGACUUACUGAUAGAUUGCCAAAUGUUAUAGAGACAAAAGAGAUUGAAUAUUCAAAAUUCAAUCAUAUUGAUUAUUUAUGGGGUAGAGAUGCCAGGGUGAUUCUCUAUAAUACUGUUUUAACAGUUUUACAAAAAUUUAGAUAAAAUUAAGCUCUUAGUGAGCUUAUGUUUUAUUACCUUGUAUAUAAUAUUAACACUAUCACAUAUUACAUAAGGAUAUACAACAGAUGUAUUUCAAGAAAACAAAUAUUUUUUAUUAUUAUUUAAUAUUUUCUUUGGGUUUUAAUUCUUUAUAUAUAUAAUUUAUUAAACCAUGUUAUAUAAAACAGUAUGUAAAAUAAUCUUUUUCUUUUAAUUUUUUUUAUUAUGUUUACAGAUAAAAUUGUAAGAAUAUAAAAAGAGAUUGUUUUAAUUCAAUAUAAUUCUAUAUAAAUAUAUGUAUUCUUAUAUUAUUUUUUUCAAGUUUAUUUUGCAAAUGCAAAUGAAUUGAGGAGAAAUAAAAUUUACAAACAUUGCAAAUUAAGGACUUCCCUUAUUACUUUAUUGUGAAGUAUUUGUAUAUUAUUAAAUGUUAUAAAAAUAUUUUUGUGAAUAAUCUAAGCACAAUUUUUAUUUAAAUGAAUUUUUUAGAAAUGUAAUAAAUUAUAUAAAUUGUUCAACACUAUAGACAAUCAUACAUCAUAUCAAUGUAAUUAUAAUUGUAAAUAAGUUUUAAAGAACUUUACAAAUCUAGUUGAAAUAAAUUCAAUAUGAAAAACGUGUAACAAA